AUGGAGCCCUCGGAGCCGGCGGGCCAGGCCUUGGCGGCGGCCACCAAGCUGUCCGAGGCCGUGGGAGAGGUGCUGCAGGAGCCCCGGCGGCAGCGGCGUCUGGUGCUCGUCAUUGUCUGUGUGGCGCUGUUCCUAGACAACAUGCUGUAUAUGGUCAUCGUGCCCAUCGUGCCCGACUACAUCGCCCACAUGCGUGGGGGCAGUGAGGGCCCCACGCCGACCCCUGAGGUGUGGGAGCCCACCCCGCCGCCGCCCACUUUAGGCAAUGCCAGCGCCACCACCGCCAAUGCCUCAGAGCCUCCGACGGCCGUGAGGCCCUCCAGGUCGGUCCUGCGGCCCCGCUAUCCCACGGAGAGCGAGGACGUCAAGAUUGGGGUGCUCUUUGCCUCCAAGGCCAUCCUGCAGUUGCUGGUGAACCCUCUGAGCGGGCCCUUCAUCGACCGCAUGAGCUACGACGUGCCGCUGCUCAUCGGCCUGGGCGUCAUGUUCGCCUCUACGGUACUGUUCGCCUUCGCAGAGGAUUACGCCACCCUUUUCGCAGCGCGCAGCCUGCAGGGCCUGGGCUCUGCCUUCGCGGACACGUCUGGGAUCGCCAUGAUCGCCGACAAGUACCCGGAGGAGCCGGAACGCAGCCGCGCGCUAGGCGUGGCGCUGGCCUUUAUCAGCUUCGGUAGCCUGGUGGCGCCUCCCUUCGGGGGUAUCCUCUAUGAAUUCGCCGGCAAGCGAGUGCCCUUCCUUGUGCUCGCCGGCAUGUCGCUACUGGACGCACUGCUGCUGCUGGCUGUAGCCAAACCCUUCUCGGCUGCCGCGCGGGCGCGGGCCAACCUGCCUGUGGGCACGCCAAUUCACCGCCUCAUGCUGGACCCCUACAUCGCUGUAGUGGCCGGCGCGCUCACCACUUGCAACAUCCCGUUAGCCUUCCUGGAACCCACCAUCUCUACGUGGAUGAAGCACACAAUGGCAGCGUCCGAGUGGGAAAUGGGCAUGGCCUGGCUGCCGGCUUUUGUGCCGCACGUGCUGGGCGUCUACCUCACCGUGCGCGUAGCUGCGCGCUAUCCACAUCUCCAGUGGUUGUACGGAGCGCUGGGGCUGAUUGUGAUCGGUGCCAGUUCAUGCGCUGUGCCAGCCUGCCACUCCUUCGCGCCGCUCGUGGUUGCGCUUUGCGGCCUCUGCUUUGGCAUCGCGCUGGUUGACACGGCACUGUUGCCCACGCUGGCCUUCCUCGUGGACGUGCGCCACGUCUCGGUCUACGGCAGCGUUUACGCCAUCGCUGACAUCUCCUAUUCCGUGGCCUAUGCGCUUGGGCCCAUCGUGGCGGGACACAUUGUGCACUCGCUGGGCUUCGCGCAGCUCAGUCUUGGCAUGGGCCUGGCCAACCUGCUCUAUGCGCCCAUCCUGCUGCUGCUGCGCAAUGUGAGUCUCCUAACGCGUUCCCGCUCUGAGCGCGACGUGCUGCUGGAGGAGCCGCCACAGGGACUGUAUGAUGCUGUGCGCUUGCGAGAGCGUCCGGUGCAUGGUCGGGACGUCCUGUCAGGAAGCCCGUCUGGCCCCUUUGACGAGUGUGAGGACGACUACAACGACUACUACACCCGCAGCUAG